AUGGCCACAGCCCAAGCAGCAGCCGCAACGAAAACCCACCUCACCCUCAAAGGGUCCACUGCCCUAGUCCAUGAAUUCUUCAACUACUCUGUCCAAUCGAUCCUCUAUCAACGCAACAUAUAUCCAUCAGAUGACUUUAAAACGGUCAAAAAGUACGGUCUCCAAAUGCUAGUAACCACAGACGAUGGACUCACCGAAUACCUCGAAGCUGCCAUGUCUCAGCUCAAAGUAUGGCUCGAACGAGGCGACGUUACCCGCUUAGUCGUUGUUAUUGUUGAAAAAGACACUGGCGAGACUAGAGAGAGGUGGCAGUUCGACGUAGAGGUCAUUAAUACACCUCUAUCAGAAACCUCUGUCAACACCGAAGCACCUCCCUCCGCAGAAAAAGACAGCGGCAAGGCAGUCAAAAAGACGGAUGCGCAAGUAAGAGCAGAAAUAGCAGCAAUCAUAAAACAAAUCACAGCCUCAUGCACUUUUCUUCCCGUUCUCGACGAACCCUGCGCUUUCCAGAUCUUGGCGUAUACAAAUAAAGAUGCUGAAGCUCCAGCGGAAUGGAUCGAUAGCGACGCACGAUUGAUUGCGGAGGGACAAGCAGAACAGGUUAGAUUAAGGAGUUUUAGUACACACGUGCACAGGGUGGAUGCUAUGGUCGCUUAUAGACGGGAGGAAGAUGAUGAGUAG